AGGUGUUUUAGCUUCCUCCACCUCCUGGAUCUCAUCACUUGUGACAGUGACGUCAGGAGCUGUCCAAGGACCGUGGUGCUGAAACAAAAUGGCUGUCUGCUAGUAAAUGAGAGAACAGAACACACACUCCAGCAUCAGUAUGCAAUUUUGCAAUCGACACAUUCACUUUCAGAAGCAACCCCCUAGCUGAAAUAAAGCGCGGGAGCAAUCUGCAGUCAUUUGGGACCUAAGGAGAGCAGAAGCAAUGUCUCUUCUGUGUGUCGGCGUUAAAAAGGCAAAAUUUGAUGGCUCCCAAGAAAAAUUUAAUACCUAUGUGACCUUAAAAGUACAAAAUGUGAAAAGCACAACAAUAGCAGUGCGAGGAAACAUUCCAUGCUGGGAACAAGACUUCAUGUUUGAAAUAAAUCGAUUAGACCUUGGGUUGACAGUGGAGGUGUGGAACAAAGGCUUGAUUUGGGACACAAUGGUUGGAACAGUGUGGAUCCCACUCAGGACUAUACGACAGUCGAAUGAGGAGGGCCCAGGUGAGUGGCUGAUCCUCGAUUCCCAAGUGAUAAUGGCUGACAAUGAGAUUUGUGGAACAAAAGAUCCCACGUUUCAUCGCAUUCUGCUGGACACUCGAUUUGAAUUACCUCUUGAUAUACCUGAAGAGGAAGCCCGUUAUUUGGCUAAGAAACUAGAACAGCUGAAUGCAUUGCGAGACCCUGGAGAGUAUCCUUUUCAGGAAGAUCAUGAGAGGCCAUUGGCUGUCCCAGAGUCCCAGUGCUGUCCCUGGAAUUAUUUUGGCUGGGGAGAACAACACAAUCAUGAUGAUCCUGAUAGUGCAGUAGAUGACCGGGACAGUGAUUAUCGGAGUGAAACUAGUAACAGCAUUCCACCCCCUUACUAUAAUACAUCGCAACCAAAUGCAUCAGUCCACCAGUAUCCCAUGAGACAUCACCAGCAAAGGUCCAGAGACUCUUAUACUGACUCCCUCCACAGCUAUGAACUGGACUUCUGUGACCAGCGACCAAUAAGUCCAACAGGUAGCAGCAGAUAUGCAUCCUCAGGGGAGCUGAGUCAAGGCAGCUCCCAACUCAGUGAUGAGUUUGAUCCAGAUAAUGAAAGCCUGCAAGGCUCUGAGCUUGACGAGGAGCGGGACGGAGAUUCUUACCACUCCUGCCAUAGCUCGGUCAGCUAUCAGAAGGAUUCACCACCGUGGGAUCCAGAGGAUGAUGAACCACAAGAUGACUAUGAAGAAAAUGAAGAUUACCCCAGGGUAGAGGAAGAUGAAAGCUAUGACCAGGAUAUGUACAAUGAAGAGCCUUUUAAUCAAGAAAUAUAUGAGCAACAAGAGAAGGAUGACUUGGAGGAGGACAGCAAAAUCAAAGAAGAACCAGUACUGGAAGAAAUCCCACCACCUCAGGAGAAACCCUUAGAAAAAGAAGAGGAGAAGAUGAAAGAAAGGUGUGAAGAUGAGCGGCAACAUGCUGUGUCUCGAGCAAAAGCCAACUGGCUAAGGGCUUUCAACAAAGUCUGCAUGCAACUCCAGGAGGCUCAUGGAGAAGGUGUUGGAGAAUUACCCAAGCCACUUUGGUUUAAAGGCGGGUCUGGUGGUGGGCUCUAUAUCAUAGACAGCAUGCCUGAUCUCCGAAAGAAAAAGCCCAUCCCUCUAGUUAGUGAUUUGGCUAUGUCCCUUGUACAGUCCAGAAAAGCUGGUAUCACAUCUGCCUUGGCUACAAGUACUUUAAAUAAUGAAGAGCUGAAAAACCAUGUUUACAAGAAAACCCUUCAAGCCUUAAUCUACCCCAUUUCCUGCACAACACCUCACAAUUUUGAGGUGUGGACUGCUACUACUCCUACAUAUUGUUACGAAUGUGAAGGACUAUUGUGGGGUAUUGCCCGUCAGGGUAUGCGCUGUACUGAAUGUGGUGUGAAAUGCCACGAAAAGUGCCAGGACCUCCUCAAUGCCGACUGUUUACAAAGGGCUGCUGAAAAAAGCUCUAAACAUGGAGCAGAAGAUCGAACACAGAACAUUAUUAUGGUGCUGAAAGACAGAAUGAAAAUCAGGGAGCGUAACAAACCAGAAAUUUUUGAGCUUAUUCAGGAAGUAUUUGCUAUGCAGAAGGCUGCACAUGUGCAAACAAUGAAAGCUGUCAAACAAAGCGUGCUUGAUGGCACAUCAAAGUGGUCAGCAAAAAUCAGCAUAACAGUUGUUUGUGCCCAAGGUCUCCAAGCAAAAGACAAAACUGGUUCCAGUGACCCCUAUGUUACUGUCCAAGUUGGGAAGACAAAGAAAAGAACCAAAACCAUCUAUGGAAACCUGAACCCUGUCUGGGAGGAAAGCUUCCAUUUUGAGUGCCAUAAUUCCUCUGAUCGGAUCAAAGUCCGGGUUUGGGAUGAAGAUGAUGAUAUCAAGUCUCGUGUGAAGCAACGGUUCAAGCGGGAAUCAGAUGACUUCUUGGGGCAAACCAUCAUUGAAGUCCGGACGCUGAGUGGAGAGAUGGAUGUUUGGUACAACCUUGAUAAGCGCACAGAUAAAUCUGCAGUCUCUGGAGCUAUCCGGCUACAUAUAAGUGUAGAAAUUAAAGGAGAAGAAAAGGUUGCUCCAUAUCAUGUUCAGUACACUUGCUUGCAUGAGAAUUUGUUUCACUUUUUGACGGAUGUUCAGAACAAUGGAGUUGUGAAAAUUCCUGAUGCCAAGGGAGAUGAUGCUUGGAAAGUAUAUUUUGAUGAAACAGCUCAGGAAAUAGUAGAUGAGUUUGCCAUGAGAUAUGGUGUGGAGUCAAUCUAUCAGGCCAUGACACAUUUUGCCUGUUUGUCCUCCAAGUAUAUGUGCCCAGGAGUUCCGGCUGUGAUGAGCACCUUGUUAGCCAAUAUCAAUGCGUACUAUGCACAUACCACAGCAUCCACUAACGUAUCUGCCUCUGACCGUUUUGCUGCAUCAAACUUUGGGAAAGAACGAUUUGUAAAGCUUCUCGACCAGCUGCACAACUCCCUUAGGAUUGACUUAUCAAUGUAUCGGAAUAACUUUCCAGCCAGCAGUCCAGAGAGGCUGCAGGAUUUGAAGUCAACAGUGGAUCUUUUGACCAGUAUUACAUUUUUCAGGAUGAAGGUCCAGGAGCUACAGAGUCCACCCAGAGCCAGUCAAGUUGUGAAGGACUGUGUGAAAGCCUGUCUUAAUUCUACAUAUGAGUACAUUUUCAACAAUUGCCAUGAACUGUAUAGUCGUGAAUACCAGACUGACCCUACCAAAAAGGGUGAAGUCCCUCCUGAAGAACAGGGACCCAGCAUCAAAAAUUUAGAUUUCUGGUCCAAGCUCAUCACCUUAAUUGUUUCUAUCAUUGAAGAAGAUAAAAAUUCCUACACACCUUGCCUGAACCAAUUUCCACAAGAGCUUAAUGUGGGGAAGAUAAGUGCUGAAGUGAUGUGGAAUCUAUUUGCUCAGGAUAUGAAGUAUGCCAUGGAAGAGCAUGAGAAGCAUCGUUUAUGUAAGAGUGCAGAUUACAUGAAUUUGCAUUUUAAAGUGAAGUGGUUGUACAAUGAAUAUGUAACAGAGCUGCCAGCUUUCAAGAACAAAGUCCCAGAGUACCCAGCCUGGUUUGAACCAUUUGUUAUCCAAUGGCUGGAUGAAAAUGAAGAGGUUUCCCGAGAUUUCCUACAUGGAGCUCUUGAAAGGGACAAGAAGGACGGGUUCCAACAAACAUCCGAACAUGCUUUAUUUUCUUGCUCUGUGGUAGAUGUAUUCUCCCAACUCAAUCAGAGUUUUGAGAUCAUUAAAAAGCUUGAAUGUCCUGACCCACAGAUUGUAGGACACUAUAUGCGCAGGUUUGCCAAGACAAUCAGCAAUGUGUUAUUACAGUACGCAGAUAUCAUAUCGAAGGAUUUUGCUUCAUACUGUUCCAAGGAGAAAGUGCCUUGUAUCCUGAUGAACAAUAUUCAGCAGCUUCGAGUUCAACUGGAGAAGAUGUUUGAAGCCAUGGGAGGAAAAGAGCUGGAUGCAGAAGCCAGUGAUAUUUUGAAGGAGUUACAGGUGAAACUUAAUAAUGUACUGGAUGAACUGAGCAGGAUCUUUGCAAUUAGUUUUCAGCCUCACCUUGAAGACUGUGUGAAACAGAUGGGAGAUAUCUUGAGCCAAGUAAAAGGAACAGGGAAUGUUAGUGCCUGUAGCAGCGUGGCACAAGAUGCAGAUAAUGUUCUACAACCUAUUAUGGAUGUGCUUGACAGCAAUCUCACACUUUUUGCCAAGAUCUGUGAGAAGACAGUACUAAAACGAGUCCUGAAGGAACUCUGGAAGCUUGUGAUGAAUACUAUGGAGAAAACAAUUGUUUUACCCCCACUGACGGACCAAACGAUGAUAGGCAGGGUGAAGCUUGUCUGUCACACAGAUGGGACUCAGCUCAUUUUCAAUGCUGCCAAAGAAUUGGGACAGCUGUCUAAGUUAAAGGACCAUAUGGUGCGAGAGGAAGCCAGAAGUCUUACCCCAAAGCAAUGUGCUGUGGUUGAAUUAGCCCUGGAUACUAUUAAGCAAUAUUUCCAUGCCGGUGGAGUUGGACUGAAAAAGACCUUUCUGGAAAAGAGUCCUGAUCUUCAGUCACUGCGAUAUGCUCUUUCUCUAUACACACAGGCAACAGACACAUUGAUAAAAACAUUUGUGCAGUCUCAGUCUUCGCAGGGCUCUGGUGUUGAUGACCCAGUUGGAGAAGUAUCAAUCCAUGUGGAGCUGUUCACACACCCAGGGACUGGAGAACACAAAGUUACAGUUAAAGUUGUUGCUGCUAAUGAUCUUAAAUGGCAAACCUCUGGAAUCUUUCGUCCAUUUGUAGAGGUGAAUAUGAUUGGACCUCAUCUUAGUGACAAGAAAAGAAAAUUUGCAACAAAAUCCAAAAACAACAGCUGGGCUCCAAAAUACAAUGAAACAUUUCAUUUUACGCUUAGCAAUGAGACAGGACCAGAAUGCUAUGAGCUACAGAUCUGCGUGAAGGACUACUGUUUUGCCAGGGAAGACAGGACUGUGGGAAUAGCUGUUUUGCAGUUGAAGGACAUUGUGCAAAGGGGCAGCUGUGCAUGCUGGUUGCCCCUAGGCCGUCGCAUUCACAUGGAUGAAACAGGGCUCACUGUCCUCCGUAUCCUUUCCCAAAGGAACAAUGAUGAAGUUGCCAAGGAGUUUGUCAAACUAAAAUCUGAUACAAGGUCAGCUGAAGAAACUACUUAAAAGGAAAGGGGCUGCACACAUAUAGGACUCUUAGUCUUUAUUACUUUUUUUUCUUAUUAAGCAAAAAUUACAUUUUCAACUCAUGUAAAAGCCAUACUCUUUACUGAGAACAAGUCAGCUUCUUGAUAUGUCUGUAGAGACAGGGAGGAUUGAAGACUGCUGCUUUUUUGUGUGACUGGAAAAACUGUUGUAAGACCAUGUCUGCUUGUUUCUAUAACUUUAGUUUGCACUUGAAAGAACAGUCAUAUAACAACUGAUACAACCAAAAAAGUGGAGGGUAAUAGUCCUGUCAGUUUGUGUACAUGGGAUUUGGAAGGGAUUUUUCUUUUUUUGAAUUUUGCAGUGGGUCUUCACUUUACUAUAGUAUUUGACUGCCAACACCCAUUGUGAUGUUUAAAAAUACUCUGAAAUAAUGUGCUGCUAUUGAAAGUAACUGUUAAAUCAUGUUUUUACUAAUGUAACCACUUUUAGUUUUUGAGCUUGCAACAGCAUUUUAGCAGUUGGCAAAAUGUAUAGUUUUGGCACUGCUGUAUUCCUGCUGCACUUCCACAGAGGCACAAAUCAAGCAGCCAUAAUCAAGUACUGUGAAGAUUUGUAAAGAAACAUCAAAUCUUUAAAUGAUCAUUCAUCAUUUUUGAUUUCUUUAAACAUAAAAAUCUAAAUACCAGUGAUUUUUUCCUGCUUCUACAUGCAGUGAUGUCAUUAUAAACAUGAAAACCUCUAACGUGGUAUCUUAAUGGCUGAUAAAGAAAGACCAUAAUAAAAAGGCAGUUAUUAGUGUCACUUGGCCCUCUGAAGGAGGGAUUUCCAAACAUUUGCACAUUUUAAAACGGCAGUAUAUGUUAGUCACCAUGUACUUUUGCUAGCAAUAUAUAUAUUUUUUUCUUUUUCUUUCUGAGCAAAACA